AAAACCCUUUAUAUAAUUUAAAUUGGGAGCCAUUUGAAAAGAUUAUUGUGAGCGUCAUAUUAGAGUUCACCCUGUAGAGGAAUAGCGCACACGAGUCACCCUGUGCCAUGAGACUCGCUGGUUUAGUUAAACCGCUGCGGCUGUUGCGCGUAAAUAUAAACAAACGCCUGAUUUCUGCACAGUAUUAUGCAACUGAAGCUGGACAAGAGGAAUAUGCUUUUAAUAGCAAAGAGUAUUUAGAUUUUAAGAAACAAUUGAGACAGCAGAACGUUUACACCAAAGAUGGACACACGUGCCUACAAGUGGAAUGCCGGCUAUGCGAACGUUUGCCGGCUGCAGCAACAACAACAGCGUCUCGUACACAGGCUCCAUUGGCUUACAUAAAUAAGAGAACGGGCGCCUUUAUUUGCCCAAACUGUGAUGUGAAAGUUUCGUUGGCGCAUGCAUUGGCGGCUUAUCAGACAGUAGCUCCGGCCGGCUUUCAGCGCCUGCCCGUAAGGUCGCUGGAAUAUGUAACACGUUAUCCGAAUCUGAUAAGUGUAACAGCUGAGGCUUGUGAAGCGCUAGGCCUGAAGGGCUUAAAGGAGGCACAGCUGAAUGCCAUUGGAGCGCUGUAUGAGCCCGAGCAAAACCUACUGCAUUUCAAGCUACGCAAUGCAUCGCAUAAAGUAGUUGGUGAAAAGGUUCUUCAUCUUGGGGAUCGCAGCGAGCAAACAUUUCAGUGCAGCUCAAGUUCUGGCCUGCUAAUACACGGCAUUGGAAACAAGAGUAAAGCUGUGCUUGUGAGCAAUCUCUUGGACUUUAUUGUGCUGGCCACGCAAAACAUUGAGACACACUGUAUAAUCUGCUUGCCGUAUGCGCUGCAGCAGCUACCGCAGGAGUGCUUGCCUGGGCUGGAGCGUUUCAAGGAGGUGGUCUUCUGGAUGCACUAUGAUGCCACACAUAGUUGGGAUGCGGCACGCGCAUUUGCCCACAAAAUGGAUGAGAAACGCUGUCUGUUGAUACGUCCCACUGAAACGGAACCAGCGCCACAUGUGGCUCUGAAGCGCCGCCUCAAUGUUCGCCACAUAUUGGCCAAGGCGACACCAGUGCGUCACAAGGCGAUUACCACAUUCCACGCCUUGCGCAACGACAUUCUAAGUGAGCUGCAGAAUAUUGAGAAGGUAAAUGGUGUCAAAUGGAAACGCUUUCCGGUGCUCAACAAGUUACUCAAGGGACAUCGCAAGGGCGAGCUGACCAUACUUACUGGGCCAACGGGCAGCGGCAAGACAACCUUCACCAGCGAAUAUUCUCUGGAUCUGGCCAUGCAGGGCGUGAGCACGCUCUGGGGUUCAUUCGAGAUACGCAACACGCGUCUGGCUGCCACAUUGUUACGCCAAUUUGUGGGUUAUCCGUUGGAUGAUAAGCUACAAGAGUUUGAGCACUGGGCUACAGAGUUUGAGCGUUUGCCGCUCUUCUUCAUGACCUUUCACGGCCAGCAGCCACUCAAGCCUGUGCUGGAGGCGAUUGAGCACGCUCAGUACGUGCACGACAUUUCCCACGUAAUCAUAGAUAAUUUACAGUUUAUGAUGGGCGUAUCAUCGUAUCGCGGCGACAAGUUUUGGGAACAGGAUUCAAUUAUAGCAGCGUUUCGUGGCUUUGCCACCAAGCAUAACGUGCAUGUCACGCUGGUGAUGCAUCCUCGCAAAGAACGGCAGGAGGAUGAGCUGACAACGAGCUCGGUCUUCGGCACAGCAAAGGCCACACAGGAGGCUGAUAAUGUUCUAAUCAUACAGGACAAGCGACUGACCGCAGUGCGCGGCAAAAAGUAUCUACAAGUUGCCAAAAACCGCUAUAGCGGCGAUCUGGGCAUAAUGCCAAUGGAAUUCGACAAGGAUGCGCUCAGCUACUCCAGUUCGGCGCAGAGCGCUAAGCGGCGAAGAGAACGAGAAAAGACAUCACCAACUGAAAGUUGACCUCAGUUACAAAUGCACUUAAAUUACUUAUCUAUUUUAUUUAAUACUAUAGGCUAUGCUAAAAUGUUGAAAUAUUUG